GGUCGCCGCCGUUGCGCCGCCCUACGCCGCCACGCCCACGCAGCGGGCCCUCUGGGAGAGCAUGCAGCUGGGCCACCACCAGGCGAUGGGGGAGGUGGCGGCGGUGGUCGACAAGGAGAAGCCCGUGGCGUUUGCGAACGAGUCGCUCCGGAAGGCGCAGGAGCGGUCGCGGCACUUCGUGCAGGGGAUGGCGCAGGAGAGGAUCGGCGAGGAGAACAAGAAGCUGAUCCGGUCCAUGCAGGAGAUCGUGCACAGGCCGGGGCAGGUGGUCCGCAUGAUCCACGACAGCGAGAACACCGGCCACGGGCCGUGGAUGGCGGCGCACUGCAACGACUUCUACAGGAACCGCACGCGCCAGCAGCGGAGGCUGCAGGAGGAGAACCAGGCGCUGGUGAAGCGGCUGAUGGCAGCCCACAGUACCGUGAACAGCAGGGCCCACGAGCGCGACUACCAGCAGCACCGCACCCGAGCGGACAGGAUGAAGAAGGUCUCCGGCUGGCAGCAGGCGUCUACGCAGCACGGGAAGUCCAGGACCCCGUCGAGGCUCGCCGCCAGCGCCUCGGCCCCGGCGAUGCCCUCGGGCUACCCGCCGCCCGCACCCCGGGCGCACGCCCGGCGCGCGGCCGCCUCCCCGCUGCCGCCGCUCGCCGAGCAGCCGCCGGGCCCCGCCCGCACGCGCUCGCAGCCGCCGCAGCAGCCGCCGCAGCACCUGCCGCGCGCGGCCGUGCACCAGCUCCAGGCCGGCGCCCUCGCGCCCGACGCGCCCGCGGACGCGAGCCCCGGCGGCCGCAGCCCGGGAAGGCGCAGCUCGGGCGGGCGGAGCCCGCGCCGCGUGCGCCGGGGCAUGGCCGAGCUGCCGCCGGUGAUGGAGCUCAUCACGGGGAUGGCCGAGCCGCGGGACGGCCCGCGCUGGGAGCGGAGGCGGUCGAGCAAGGCCUGGUCUCCGUCGCGCGGGAGCGUUGGACGGCUUCCCGCGAUGGCCGCCGUCAGCUCCGGCAGCAACUCCUGGAGGUCCUGGAGGAAGCCGAGCAAGGCGCACCGGGAGGCGUCCGGCGAGGAGCACGCGGCGACGGGCCCGCGGAUGCCGCCAGACUCGGUGGCGGCCGGCGCUGGGAACGCGAUGGGCGCCCGCAGGUCGGGCGGCGGCAGGAAGUCUCUGAGCAGCUCGCGCCGGACGCUCGGGGAGUCGUCGGGCGACGAGGGCGCGGCGGCCGGCCCGCGGCGGGGCCUCAAGGGGAGUGCGUGGGGAGAGCGGGCUCUCAGAGCACCGUCCGUUGCUUGCUUCAGCUUCCUGGGGAUGUGGAUCUCGAGGUGGUCGAAGAGCAAGCCGCAGGGGGUACUCCGAGAGGGCCCGCAUCCCCUGGGCGUUCUCCUGUGGGGUUCGGCUCAGGCCCACAGUCGCCGCCAGACACAGCGCAGCCAUCCUCUCCCUCUGGAGACCCUGCCCCAGCAGCCGCUCCCGAGAACGUGAUGGCCACCCCUAGCUCGGACGGUAGGAAGUCCAUGAGCAAGCCGCUCCAGACGCUCAGGGAGCUGUCGGGCGACGAGGGCGUGGCGACCGGCCCACAGCCAGCAUUAGACGCAGCGCAGACUUUCCCCCUGGAUCAUCCUGGCCAAGCGGCCGCUCCUAGGAACGGCUCAGGCCCACAGCCUCCGCUGGACACAGGGCAGUCUUCGCCGUCUGAGGGUGCUGUCCCGUUGGCGGCUGCUGGCAACGACGUCGUGGCCGCCGUGGUGGCGAGCCGCAUCACGGAGGACAGUGUUAUGAUGGCGUCACUCAACACAUCGUUAACGGAUAGCGACGUGGUGAGCGCCCGUAGCAUCUCGCAUGACAGCAUCGCGCGAAGAUCCAGUGACCUGAGCAUCAAGUAGGGCGCUGGGGGUGUCCCCUGAUGGGGUCGGGGCUGGCACUGCAACUGGAUUCCACCGCCGGCUGCGUCCAAGACGUUUGCUGGCCGCAGUGUCGUGUCUGCGCAGAGCGCUGCCACAGUACUGCGCUGCCACAGUACUGAUACGGAGGCCCUUGCCCUUCGAAUGCUGACGGGGCUCAAGCCUCGCUAGCCCGACUCUCACCCGCCCAUUGCUGUAUGGCCACGGUCGUCGCUGUCGGAGCGAAUGUGAGUGCAGUGACUAUUGAGAAAA